AUGUUCGUUCAAGAUUUUGCUGAUCAUGGACAAUUUUCUGGUGUUAUUAACAAACUAGAUUAUCUUGUUGAAUUGGGAAUUAAUGCUAUUGAAUUAACACCAGUUAUGGGAAUAGAAGAAGCAGAAAAUGAUACUUGGGGUUAUUUACCAAGUCAUUUCUUUUCUAUUAGAUCAUCAUAUGGAACUAAAAAUGAUUUAAAAUUACUUGUUGAUGAAUGUCAUUCGAGAAAAAUACGUGUAUUUAUUGAUUGUGUUUUUAAUCAUACAGAUAAAGAAUGUCCACUUGCUCAAAUUGAUCGAAAUUAUUGGUAUUAUAAAGGAAAACAUCAUCCUGAUGAUCCAUAUAAUUGGGGACCGGAAUUAAAUUAUGACUUUCAAGAUCAACAAUUAAAACUCUUAAAGAGAAAAUAUUUCACAACUCCUAAACAAAUGGAUAAUUUUGAAAUACUUAGUAAAUUAGAUCGUCUAGCACGUUCAAUUUGUUCAAAUCAACCAUUUUUAUCUCAAGCUGAAUAUGUUCCAGAAAACAAAGAUAUAUGUAAAGAAAAUGGUGGUCUAGUUGAUGUUUAUCAAAUGAAUAAACAUGGAACUUUAAGUGAUUUAAAAUAUUCAUUUUCAUCAAAAAAUCUUGUUAAUUAUUUAUCUUGUCAUGAUAAUGAAAGAUUACUUCAUGAUAUUGGAAAAAAAGAUUCAGAUGCAUUUAUUCGAAUGGAAACAGUAGUUAUUCAUUUAUUUACAUCUGUUGGAAUACCAAUGAUUUGGCAAGGAGAAGAACUUGGAGAAGAUAGACAAAUUGAUGUUUUAAAAGAUAAAAAGUUAUUUUAA